GAUGAACUGUAUAGCACCCUCCAAUUUCCAUUAUCCAUAUCAGACUCAGUCAAUUAAACGGAAAGAUGGCCGACGAUAUCGUCAACUGCUACGUAAACCAGAAAAAAUUAGUACUGUCAAGUGCAAACCUCCCAAGGUGAUAAGGUCUCCUAAUAAAUGCACCUUUCAAUUUACAACUCAACGUAUCGAACAACAUGCUACAGCUGCACUCAGAUGGACUUUCUUUACUUCAGCCAUUUUCAUUGAUGAAACUACAACAAUAUCUGUUAAAGUAAUAAGUUUAGGUUUGAAAAAUUUUCUCGAAUAUAACAACGUAAAGACAAGGUUACUUCACAUUCCUGGAACCAUCGAAGAAGACGUUGAUAUUGCUCUAAAAUUCCAUUGUACAAUCUACACUUCCGAUAAGGAUUUAUAUUAUGUAGAUAGACAAUUGCUAAAGAAUAACUUUGGUAAGACAGUUAUAAAAGUUUUGGAUUAUGAACAAUUCUCUAAAAGGAAUGAAUUAUUCGACCUUGAUCUGUUGGUUAGCUCUUUAAAAACAACUGCACCGAAAUAUAAAGCAAAUGGUAGAGAUUGGUCAAUAAUUGCGUCAGGAGAGCUUUCAUUACAACACAAGAAAGAUUUAAGCCUACUUGAAAGUUUCGCGAAAAUAUACUAUGAAGAAAGGAACUUCAGUAGACUUAAACAUAAACAAACUUUUUCAAAUAUUCUUAAUUUGAUUGUCGAUAAUCGUUUAAAGAAAAAAGGAUGGAUUCAAAAUUCUCACGCAAAGCUCAUUCAUCAAGUUCUUCUAUGCCUAAGAUUGCUAUUAAGAGAUAUUAAGUAUUUGGAAGAUUUUAUAGAAAAGGAUGCUAUCGAAGAUUUAGUUGGAUUGUUACAAGUUUCAAUAGAAACCUAUUUCGAAGCAAUUGACCAUUAUCACCUAGUUGAUAUUAUACUGGAAUUAACUAACAUCUUCCAAAAACUAGCGUGCCAUAAAGUGAAUCUAAUAGAUUAUUCCAUUCAAGAUUGUCUUAUUCAACUUUUACACUCGGAAGAGAGUUCCGUCUUGCAGUGUUGCCUUCAUACUUUAAUUGGUAUCGGUAGCGAUGGCGAUAAUCUGAAAAUUCUAAGUGAAUUAGACUUUGUUAAUGAUUUAUUAAGGAUUCUACAGGAUAGCGAAUCGAAUGCUAAAAGUCUCGCUUGCAAAUUAUUACGUAAUUUAUCCAGUUUUAAUGUUGUUAAAUCCGAUGUACUUGCCCACAAUGGCCUUACUGUUCUCUUAAGCCUGUUGAAUUCGAAUGAAAAUUCAGUAUCGAUUCUCAGGAACGCCGCUUGGUGCCUAGUGAAAUUAGCAACCAAUCCAGAAUGUCGUGAAGGUAUUAAAAAUAGCGGAGGAAUACCUGUUCUCCUCUCUCUACUUAGCGAAAAGAACUAUUCUCCAGAUCAUCAGACUGGUAUACAUCCUGCAAGCGCAUCAACAAGUAGAACACCUUUGAAUGAGUCGCAAAGUCAGGAAUAUCGUGAUCAAAAGCUCCAACUGAAGUGUGCGUGUUGUACAGCUUUGGCUGAGAUAUCAAAGACCGAUUCAUGCGCUUAUAAAAUUGUUCAAUCGAAUGGAAUUUAUAUUAUAUCAUCUCUACUUUUCUUAACUGAUACUUCACAUUCCGAACGAUUUAAUUUAAUGAAAAGUGUCUUCCGGGCUCUUAGAUUUUUAUUUUCAUUAGAUCGGAAUAGACGUUAUUUUAAACGCCUAUUUCCGCCGAAGUUGCUUGAACCUUUUCUAGAUGUUGGACAUUACAAUCACGAUUUACAGGCCUACGAGUGUCUAGUAAAAACGUUUGACGAUCUCGAUUCGGACAAUUAUUUAUUAAUUAAGGAUGCGGUUGCCCAAGUGAAUUUAAAUGCUGAACCAAUGAAACAAGUCGAAGAUUACUCGGUACUUGAACAUUUAGGAUCGGGUUCGUUUGGUAGUGUUUAUAGAGUUAAAAAAAUUGGUGGACAAACACAACUAGCGUUAAAAGAGAUAAAUACAAUGCAAGCAAACUUUGGAAAAAAUUCAAAAGAAAGGCAAAAAAGCGUUGGCGAUUUAAAUAACGAAUUAAAUAUAAUUAAAGAAGAAUUACAACAUCCAAAUAUAGUAAAAUAUUAUAGAACUUUUGUUGAUAAUAAUAAGUUUUGUAUUGUUAUGGAAUUAAUUGAAGGAGCAGCUUUACAAGAACAUAUAUCCAGUUUAAAAGAGAGAAAUGAAGGAUUUGGAGAAGAACGAAUUUGGGGGAUAUUUGUCCAAAUAGUUAGAGCAUUAAACUAUUUGCAUAAAGAAAAGAAGAUCAUUCAUAGAGAUUUAAGCGCCAAUAAUAUAAUGCUGUCGGAUACUGAUAAAGUAACUAUAACUGAUUUUGGCCUAGCUAAAAGAAAGGCUCCCGAUGUAAGCCGAUUACAAACAACUGUUGGUACCAUAAUAUAUUGUUGCCCGGAAAUGGUUCAAUCGGAAAAGUAUACGGAGAAGGCUGAUGUUUGGUCUGUUGGUUGUCUACUAUAUCAAAUGUGUACAUUAAAGCCGCCAUUUUACUCGCAAAACAUGCUUCAUUUAGCAAAAAUGAUUGUUGAAGCAAAAUACGAGCCAAUUUCACCAGAUUAUUCCGAAACCAUGCGCUCGACAAUAAAUAUAUGCUUAACGCCCGAUCCCGAUAAGAGAGCUGAUAUCGUCCAGGUUGCUGCUCAUAUCGCUCAUAUAUUACUUGAACGUAUGGAUAAAAUGGAAGUUUCUCUACAAAAGCAAUCGAAACUCCUUGAGGCAGAACAAAUACGGAGUGUUGGGCCGUAUAGACUAGCUUCUCAGGAAAGUCGAUGGUCGAGUAGUUGCGGUGGUGCUACUAGUCUUAGCUACGAAACGGAUACUUCCGAGGAUAAUAGAGUUUUGUUAAGAAACGCCAGCGUACCCGAAGAGAAUGGGGCCAGUGACGACGAGUCGUCUGUAAAUGACAGUACUGGGCUUCCACCGCGACCACCAGGACAUAAACAACCGGCAAGUAGUCUUAGGAGAAAACAACGAAGUGCUGAAAGACUAAGAGAUCUGGAUAGAGAAAAUAUGGACAAUGACUCUACUGUUCGAGCAGGUUCAGCAGGUAAAAAAUCAAGACCUCUUUCGGCCGGUUCUAGUUUAUCAAUAUCACAUAAAAAUAUCCGACAAAUAAUUGAUCCUGUCUCUUCAAUACUGUGCGAAGUUCACAAAGUUCUCUACGCUUGCCAGUUGAAUCCUCCCAAUUCAAAGGCAUGCGCGAGAAGAAGAUUAAUUGAAAGAUUUAAAAGAUUGCUAUCGCACCGUUCAUCAGAUGUAGCUCUACUCAAAGAGAAUUUAACAAAAUUGGAAAAAGGAAGCAAAGAAUUUGUGGAUCUUGGAGAUAGCUCGAAUAACUUAUGCUUGGAGGCUUUGAUUGAAUGGGCGGAGAAGAGUGGUGAAAUGUUGGAUAAGAACUUUGUUGGAAUAACUUACGAACAACUACGAACAAUUAUUGACAGUUACGUUAUUGAGAACGAUUACGAAGUGAACCAAAAAUAUUAUAGAACAUUUAGUCAACCAUCCGCUAGUCGUUGA